UGUCAUCCCAAGAUGGAGUUUCUGCUGGGGAACCCGUUCAGCACCCCGGUGGGGCAGAGCCUCGAAAAGGCCACAGAUGGCUCUCUGCAGAGUGAAGACUGGACACUUAACAUGGAGAUCUGUGACAUUAUCAACGAGACAGAAGAAGGUCCAAAGGAUGCCAUUCGAGCACUGAAGAAGAGGCUGAAUGGAAACAAAAAUUACAGGGAGGUCAUGCUGGCACUGACGGUGUUGGAGACCUGUGUGAAGAACUGUGGUCAUCGCUUUCAUGUCUUAGUGGCAAACCGUGAUUUCAUAGAUGGUGUUCUGGUGAAAAUCAUCUCGCCCAAGAAUAAUCCCCCUACUAUUGUACAGGAUAAAGUACUAGCGCUGAUUCAGGCUUGGGCCGAUGCCUUUCGAAGUAGCCCUGAUUUAACUGGAGUAGUGCAUAUUUAUGAAGAGCUCAAGAGGAAAGGUAUAGAGUUUCCAAUGGCAGAUCUUGAUGCUCUGUCUCCAAUACAUACACCACAGAGGAGCGUUCCUGAAGUUGAUCCUGCAGCAAAUAUGCACAAUUCACAGUCUCAGCAAAGGAUGAGCACCAGUUCCUACUCUUCGUCAUCUCCAACAGCGUAUUCUGCUCCUCAGGCCCCAGCUCUGAAUGUGACUGGUCCCAUCACUGCUAAUUCUGAACAGAUUGCCCGGCUGCGCAGUGAACUGGAUAUUGUUCGUGGGAAUACAAAAGUGAUGUCUGAAAUGCUGACAGAAAUGGUUCCUGGACAAGAGGAUUCCUCAGACCUUGAGUUACUUCAGGAACUGAACCGAACCUGUAGAGCUAUGCAGCAGAGAAUUGUGGAGCUUAUCUCACGAGUGUCCAAUGAAGAAGUCACAGAGGAACUGCUGCAUGUGAACGAUGACUUAAAUAACGUCUUCCUCCGAUACGAAAGAUUUGAACGAUACAGAUCAGGACGUUCCACACAAAAUGCCAGCAAUGGAGUACUGAAUGAGGUGACAGAAGAUAAUUUAAUAGAUUUGGGUCCUGGCUCUCCAGCUGUAGUGAGCCCAAUGGUUGGAAACUCAGCACCCCCAUCUUCACUUUCUUCACAGCUUGCAGGGCUUGACUUGGGUACAAACAGCGUCAGUGGCACACUCAGCUCUCUACCACACUGUAAUCCCCGUGAUGACUUCGACAUGUUUGCACAGACAAGAGGCAGCUCCUUGGCUGAGCAGCGGAAGAAUGUGACGUAUGAGGAUCCACAGGCUGUCAAAGGACUAGCAUCUGCCCUGGAUGUUCGAAAACAGAACACAGGAGGGAGGAGAGGUAAAGGUGGGAACUCAGACAUGGAGCCCAUAGACAAGUGGCUAAUUACACAAGGAAUGAUCCCUGUUGCACAGUCCUCUGUCAUGGAUGACAUUGAGGAGUGGCUCAGUACCGACUUGAAAGGAGAUGAGCUGGAAGAAGGCGUGACCAGUGAAGAGUUUGACAAAUUUUUGGAAGAGCGAGCCAAAGCAGCAGAGAUGGUUCCCAACCUGCCAUCCCCUCCCCUGGAAGCCCCCACCCCCCCGACAAAUGCUUCCAGCAGGAAAAAGCAGGAGCGCUCGGAGGACGCCCUCUUUGCACUCUGAAGAUGGCUGUCGGCCGCCCGCCCCGUGCUCCGCUGCACGGCCACCUUGUUCUCCCACAGUCCUCGCCUAACAACGACCCCCUUCCCCCACGAUUUCAUAGGUUGCUUCUCCUUCCCCUCCCUCCCCAAACAAUCCACCCCCACAAGCUGACUCUUUCUAUUUAAGUCCAACACUAUUCCUGCCAGACCAUGAUUCUCCAGCACUGCUUAAUCCCCUCCUUCCUAUCCCAGCUGCACAAAACCAGCUCUUGAUGCUGAAAACCCCUUUAGAAUGCAUGAGUACGUCACACUGUGUUGAAACAAAAGCCCAGAGGGGAGAGAGCAGCCUUGCCCUUCAAUUUAUGUAGGGAUCAUCCUCUUCUGUAGGCAGGUCCUGCCAAGUAGACUGCUCUGUCGAUCAGCAUGUAAUUGACUGAGCUGGAAUGUUCAGGGGGAGUGUGUCUUUAUUUUUAGAUAAAAUGUUAAUGUAUUGGCUUUCGUGUCGGAUUCGACAGCAAGGAACAACUGUUCCCCUUUCAACAUGUGCUUCACAAGUUAAAAUCCUUUACUCUCCCACUCACACAUCUCCCGGUACCAUAUGGUGGUCGCUUCCCCCUACUCUGAGCAGCGCUUCAUAUUCUAAAUCUCACAGGGUAUUUUUUCCCUUGUGUUUUAUCUGGGCUCUCUCUAAUUUGAAAGCAGUCUGUUGGCCAUGUCCAGUGGCUCUGGCAGUUAAGGAGAAUGAGAAACACUGAGCUAAAUGGAUGCUGUAACGUUAGCGCAUGAAGCAUUUUGCUCUUUGGGAGAGCAUUCUCACAUGAGGACUUUUUUCUAGUGUGUUUGCCUUUUUAAAUAGCUAGGUUAUUUUUUUCCCUUACCUUAGAUUCCUCCUUCAGUGACUGCAGAGCUCUGCAUUUGUCUCAGCUGUUGUAAAUAAUAUCCCUGCAGAUGGAUGGGACUUGCUUGGGGACUGGGUGUGAACUGUGCCUCCUGGGUUCUCUGCCGUGCCUGGUAGGAUAGACAUGCGGGUUCUUGGUGGUGGGGAUGAGGAAAAAAGGCAAACUUGACAAGAUGCUUGUACAAAAAUGCUGAGGGAGAUGGUUACCGUGGGGGGAUUAGCCAUGCCUGCCUGUUCUGGAGGUGAAACUCCUCAUUUCCUUCUAGAGUUAGGCCUGAGAAAGUGUUGGACGAUUGUGGCCGUGCUAUUUGUAAUGCUUGGAGUGUCCUUUGAUACCUCUGCCCCUUUGGUAACUCACAGCUCCUGUGGGGCUGCAGCCUCCCUCCUGUCUGUGCAAGCAAGCAUAUUGCCAGAGGCAUGGCUGAGGGUGCUGCUCUUCCUGGAGCUGCCAGAAGGGAUUCCAGCAUGUGUGCCUGCCUUGCUGGGCUGACAAGCAGAGCUGGAGCAGGCAGCUCCAGCCAUGGCUUCAUCCCCCAGCAUGUUCCUUGGUAGGAAGCCAGGAGUGCAAGAUGGCAGGAUCAAAGAGAAAGCUGAACGCUGUGUGGCAGGGAGAAUCUCCUGUCCUGACAGAGAGGCACUUUAUCAGAUGAACGCCCAUGCAGGCAGCAGAGCCCCAGCCCCUGUUCCUCAGGGUGCUUGCUCCUUGUCUUGGGCAGCCAGCCACUUCAUUCUGACUUGGCAUGUCUGAGCUUCCUGGGAUGCUGCUGUGUGUCGAGCUCUCACAGAAGCUGUUCUGGACCAAGAAGCUGUGCUAUGAACAGCUGAUGUGAAAGUGAUAGAAGGUUUCAUCUAAGCAGAGUUAUUUCAGCUGGUACCAUGCUCUCUAGGGUAUGCCACGCUUUGGUAGGUUGUGGCACAUGAACAGCCCGAUUGCAGCACUAAUGGUCUGUGAGAGUGGUCACGUGGAUCUGUGGAGGGAAGCGUUGUCUCAGGCAGGAUUUCCAGGCCAUCCCAGGUCAGAUGUUGCCCUGUGCUGCCCCUGCUCUUCCUCUCCUCUGUCCUGCCCUGCCUGCAGCUUCUUCCUGGCCUGCUCCUUGUGCAGCUGGGCCCAGGCAAAGCUGCCCAGCCCCCCCCCGCCAGUGCUGACUCGGCCCCUUGUUGCUGCUCCAGGGCUCACUGCUCCCUUUCAGCUCUGCAGCGAGCUGCGUGGCUGGCAAGUGUAAAACAUCAGGGUAGGGAGGGAGGAUAGCUUUGGGAUCAAGCUGCCUCUCCUUGCUGGCCUUCUCCCCAGUUGAAGCCCUUCUAUGUAGAUCUCCAGAGGGUUUCUCUCCACUUCAUCCUCUCCGUGGCUAACAGAAAGAGCCAGGGCUCAGUUGCAUGCCUGCACUGCUGCUCUUGCCCCGUGCCCCUGCUCUUUAACACAAGGUGAGCCCCAUGCUCAGACACUGGCUGCCAGACACCCCGCUGCCAGCUGCUGACAGGCCCUGCCUUGCUGCAACACCUCAGGUGUGGCCACCAGCUCCCAGAAACCUGAGGAAAGUUCUGUUUUGGCACUGAUUUGAUUUCAGACAGUGUCUGGUGAUUGCCUGAGCAGUCUUGCCAGGACAGAAUGAAUUGUUGGUAUUCUCAUCAAUGCAAAAAGCUCCACGGGUGUUUUAAGUGUGUAUUUUCUCUUCUAAAUCCUUGAAACGCAUUGACCCUGUAAAUGGCCGCAUCAGGUGAUUCUAAGCAUGUUAAUCCAGCUUCCCUGCCAAGCCAGAGGAGAUAAUCGCAUUGCUCAAGCGUGGGGACAUUGUCAAAUGGUGCUGAGUGGCAAAGAGCUCACCAGCACUGUCACUGAGCCCCCCGGCAGUCCCACUGCUGCGGCUGUGCUGGCCCGUCUCCCACCACCCCAAAGCAAAAAGCAGAGGCAGGGGGGCUGUGCUGUUAAUGCUGCUUUCUUUCGUGCUAAACCUGCUCUGAGCUUUCCAAGUUGUUGCUUUAGAGAGAAUCUGAUCCCUUUCUGGAAGCUGUCAGUGACUGGGGAGGGAAAGAGAUGAAACGAGAGCAAUGCUGAGGGGAGGUACAGAGCAUGUGGUGGCACAACUCGAGGGACCCUCUUCAUAGGAUCCCAGGAUGGUGGGGGUUGAAAAGGACCUCUAAAGAUCAUCCAGCUCAACCCCCUGCUAAAACAGGUUCCCCUCCAUCAGGGGGCACAGAAACGUGUCCACGUGGGUUUGGAAACCUCCACAGCAGGAGACUCCACACCCUCCCUGGGCUCCCUACCUUUACAACAAAGAAGUUUGGCCUCGUGUUCCCGUGGAACUUCCUGUGUUGCAGCUUAUGUUCCAGCUUCUGUGCUUGCAACCCAGGCAUGUUACCUGCUGGAAAGUA